AUCACGUGUUAAAUACAUCUCCAUCCCCAUCCCCAUCCCCAUCCCCAUCCCCAAUCCCACUUGCUUUACUCUGAACCUUCUUAGAAAUUCCGAACAGCACAUAGUGUACACGUCCCAAGUCCAGCAGGUUCAUGAACCUCUUCUCCCUAUAUAUACCUCUCCCCCCAUACUUUCCCAGAGAUUCAAACAAUUGAUUCUUAAACAUCCACAUCCAGUUUCAAAAUUCCACACAAUAUGAACGCACACAAUAUACCUGUUGAUUCCGAUUUUGCCAUUCUUGACUCCAUUACCCGCCAUUUGCUUGGUGAAUCUGCCGCUUACCCCAUGUUCGGUCGGAGCUCCAGUUUCGGUUGCUUGUAUCCUUGCCUUACCGAUACCUGGGGCGAUUUGCCGUUGAAGGAGAAUGAUUCAGACGAUAUGCUGCUCUAUUGCGUGCUCCGCGAUGCUGUCAGUGACGGGUGGGUUCCUUCGCUCGAGUCCGUGCUCGCUCCCGGAUCCACGGACUCGAGCGAUUUCGGUUUUCCAGCUGCCGUACCUGUAAAAUCCGAGCCCGAGAGUUUACCCGCUGUGGUGAAUAGAUUACCGGAAUGUGUGGCUACUGUGCCUACCCCUGCGGUGGUUCCGGCGAAGGGGAAGCACUAUAGGGGUGUAAGGCAAAGACCUUGGGGGAAGUUCGCGGCCGAGAUUAGGGAUCCUGCGAAGAACGGCGCAAGGGUAUGGCUUGGGACGUUCGAGACGGCGGAGGAUGCCGCGCUGGCUUACGAUCGGGCCGCGUACCGGAUGCGAGGGUCCAGAGCCUUGCUCAACUUCCCGCUUAGAGUGAACUCAGGCGAACCCGACCCGGUGAGAGUGACGUCGAAGCGAUCGUCCCCGGAGCCCUCUUCCCCCUCGACGUCGUCUUCGGUAGAGAGCGAGUCGACAAAGCGUCGGAAGAAGACCGACAGCUCGUCGGUUAAGGCGGCAGUUCCGACACAGCCACAAACAGCCGGAUUGAAGAGGAUAGUGGAGGGUUUGCAAGUGGGUGGCCAUCAAGUGGUGCCGUGUACACGUGGCGAUCAAAUACUGGUCAGUUAAUGCUGACAGACAGUGGAGGAAGCACUUUGUGAAUUAUUGAGGGACAUUUGUAAUUAUUAUAUGCGAGAGAUAUCAUAUAAUCUCAAUAGGACGCCUAAUCGUAAUCUUGGGAUCUGUUUGGUGGGGGGAAUAGAAAAUUUUGUAACGAAGGAAAA